AUGGCGUUGCGUCACACACGCCGGCAGUCUUUCUCCCAGCUGUCAGGUUUCGACUAUGCUUCCGAAUCGCAGUUUUGGUUACGAGGCAACCAAAGCUACGGAUCAUGCCGCAUGGCCGGAAAACAAAACGCAAGACAUGCUUCUCUCUCCAUACUCUUGAUCGCCGCAGUCGUGCUAUCGGGAGAUGAGCAUGGCCUUGAGCGCAUCCAAAUCCCCAAGGAUAAAAACACAACCGAGCUUGCCAUCUCACAAUACUCUCCUUCCCUCCAACAGCAAUCCCAUGCCCUCAUACCCAUCAUCCAAACAACCAAAAUCUAA